UGAGUGUUUGAUGUUAACGAUGACAAUCGGUUUGAAGUAGAGGAGACUGUUGAACUUCUGGAAGUGGUCCAUCCACUGGAGCCGGUGAACGCUGACAUCUUGACAAUCGAUAAAAAAGAUUGCGAGGUUUAUGUCGAGGAUGGCUCAUGCUUCGCGAGUGCUUGCCUGUUGUAUCGUCGUGGAGUAGAGGGUUUUCCUUGUGCUCAAUGCUCAAUAUCAGGCCCUUUUCGCCGCUGCGUCAUCUUGCACCAUCACUUGGAGGACGUGUAUUGUUUGCUGCUGCCUGUGCGAGUGGUAUCGUGGAUGGCAUGGAAAAGAAAACUGUUGCUAUCAAAAGGCCUUCUUAUCUCGCAACGGCAUCGGGUGGGAUGGGGUUAUCUCGAAGUGAGUGUCGGUCCGUCUUGGGUGUGGGACAGCUGACUGACACAUCAUCAGGGAGUUUGGAGGUUUGGCGGCCUGUGCGAAGCGAUCAAAGCUACGGAAUACGACUACCUUUGGUUCAUUCGCGACGACCUAAGUCCGAACAACCUCCCGCUUGCCAUUUCAUCUUUACCAUGAGCUCAAGUUUGCUUAUUUGCUAUUCCCGAUAGAUCAUUGUGCACCUUUGGCUGUGGCUAGGGCGCACUGGAAUGAUCUUUCUGUGUUAAAAGGAAACCGUGCUGACAUCAAGAAGCACGGCCGGGCUGUCAGAGACCGAAUUCAAGAGCUCAUAUAUUCUGC